UAUUCCCCAUAUCCUAACAAAGUGACCAUGCUUCUGGAUAUUCUAGAUAACUUGCCGCGUUUAAGGAUGUCAAGCGCACAGUUCAAAUUGAUCUUGUGGCUUCUCGAGCAGUGUAACAUUCCUGGUGUCCCGUCUUUUGAUGCAUUCCGUAAGUUUCAGAGUGAGCUUCGGAAACGAUGUGGAUCAGAACCCCAGCCGUUCACGUCCAUGCUGGGAAAUCACUUCCAUGUGAAUAACAUCCGCGACUCAGUAGCUCGUGACUUUUCUAAUCCUGAAAUCGCUCAACAUCUGCGGUUUUAUCCCGAGGAUGUUGGCCAAGGACCACUCUCUGAAGUAUGGCAGGCCCAACGAUGGAAGGAGUUUGAUCCCAGCGAGCUCACACCGAUGUAUUCACGCCAUGGAGUUCAGUUCUACAUUGGUGAGGUGGCUUUGCUUCGUUCUCAGCAGCCGGUGAUCCCUCAAGCAUGGGUGAUGCGGCAAGGUCAGCUGUAUGCUGAUUGCAAAACUGUCACAGUCUUGCCGGAAGGGUGGAGGAUUAAUGUGGAUGGUGUUGAAAGUCAUUUAGCUGAUGAGUUUAGCAUCAAUUACCCCACGCUUUCCCUCAGAUAUUCAGAUAAGAUCCCAUGGACAGAUAUUUUGUCUGUUCCACAAAUGCCCAGCAAGCUUCGAGAGCUUGCUGGUGGAGAUGACCUCUAUGUGGUUAUGUGUCCUCUAUGGUGCGAUGAUGUCUCCGGAAAUCAAAGCAAACAGUAUAACAAACAUAUCAACAUCUAUAUGGUAAACUCAAACUUGCCGGGACGCUUACUCCAGCAAGAAUAUUUCGUGCGAUUUGUGUCUACAUCACCACAUGCGUCAGCUCUGGAACAGUUUGCAGCUGUCACAGAGCAGGUAAAAGAAACACAUCAGAAUCCAGUUCGCUGCUUCAAUGCAGUAACUCAUAGACCUUGUCGUGUGAUUUUGAGAAUCCCAUCGCUCCCUGCAGAUAAUCCACAGCAGUCUGAAGAGUGCUCACAUAUGGGUGGAAAUGCGAACCUCAAGUGUCGGAAGUGCAAGAAUGGUGGUCCUUUGGAAGAAACAGGAACUGAUUCAGGUUAUCAUGCACUACACUUUGCUGGAGAACCACGAACAGCUGAAUAUACACGCUCGAUUCUCCUCAGACAAAUACACCUGGCAAUGUAUGGUGUUGAGAAGCCCAUCAAAGACCUUCAAACAGCGACAGGUGUCAAGGAUAAGAUUGCACAACAUUGGAUUGACACUCUACUUGAAAAAUCGCGUCACUUAUCCUCAACCACAAAUCUUACGCACGAGCAAAUUUACGAGCAAAUAUCUGUGUGGUUCUAUGAGCAGCCAGGUCAAUGGAUGAACCCUCUGCUAUCUGUACCCGGUCUUGAUCCUUGCAGAGAUACGCCAGUCGAGAUCUUGCACACCAUACUUCUUGGUGUUGCAAAAUACGUAUGGUGGUUUCUCCACAAUGGUUGGAAAGAGAAUGAGCAGAACAUAUUCGCUUUGCGUCUCCAGUCCACCGACAUCGAUGGUUUGAAUGUCCCUCCCAUCCGUGCUGCUUAUAUGAUGCAGUACCGGAACAACCUUAUCGGAAAACACUUCAAGACACUCAUGCAAACAAUGGUCUUUCAUGUUCAUGGCCUGGUCAACCAUGCACAGUUUAACCUCAUUAAAUCGCUUGGAUCUCUUGGUGCACUGUUGUGGAUACCAGAGAUUAAUAAUCUCGACACAUACUUUAUUGACCUAAGAGUAGCCAUUGCCAACGUCUUGGACUCCAUGGACGACUUAGAGCCGUCGAAAAUAAUUCAGAAAAUGAAACUUCAGGUCCUGAUUCAUCUUGAAGAAGAUAUACGUCGCUUUGGUCCGGCAGUGCGUUAUUCAACCGAAAUAUUCGAGUGUUUCAAUGCGGUAUUUCGCCUCUGCUCUAUCCUGAGCAAUCACUUGGCACCCAGUCGAGAUAUUGCCACCAAAUUUGCCUCAAUGGAUCGGAUCAAGCACAUACUUAGUGGUGGGUAUUGGUAUGAGGAUGGCUCCUGGGUAUGCGCAUCCAAGAAUGUCCUCCAAUUGUUGCAUGAGGAGCCUGUGCUUCAAAACCACUUAGGAUGGGCUCCAGCUUGUGAGCGGUCAGCAGGUAUAUGCGGCAUUCACUCAAGCAAUCAUCUACUGAUGAUUGUUGUCUGGGAGACCACCCGUGCUUCCAAGAGUGUGUGGGCCACACCUGAAGACUUGCUAUCCACUUCCCCUGAGUCCAAAUGGCGCUUUGGUGUGUCAGUAACUUCAAAUGUGGGCGAUCUUUGUAAGGUUGGGUCAUGGGUAUUAGUCUCUGCAUCUGGAGUGCAACAGGUUGUUGCUGGCAGAAUUUGUGAGAUUGUGGUGCAAACAUCGAGCAUCCGUGUCCAAGACAGAGGGCUUGUCACGGUCGAGCAGUUCUACAUGAGUAGCGAACCUCAUCCAGAAUUUGAUAUGCCAUCUCUAAGGCGUGCAGAUCAGCAUUCACAAUAUCUGACGGUCGGAUCAAAGGAUAUCCUUUGCCUCUGCUCUGUUCAACACAACUGCAGAGCGGGCGGGUGCAUGGCUCAAGCAUCUCACAAUGAGAGGCAGGAGCGCCAGGAGACCACACGAGUUGUUCAUGCAAUCCAGCAUUCAGAUGACGACCAAUUCAUCUUGAACUUACAUGCCCUACACAAUGCCGGGCACAUCAGGAAGCUAUUGCCACGAAAUUUGGUAGCAGUAAAACCUCUGUAUGCUGACCGCAAGUUGCAUCACUGCAUGGCAGCCAGCAAGCUUCGGACAGACAAUGCUCAGAAACGCGAGAAGGCACAGGCAAAACGU